AUGUGUAAGGAAAGAAAACUGUUCCGGUCACAUUUUAAGUGGAUAUUACUACAAAACCACGAGGAUAAUGCAUCGUAUAAUUAUCGUAUUGACGAGAGUAUCAAUGCUUUACUCGAUUCAGAAGUUUAUAUGGUGAAAAAAAUGAGGGAAACAUAUGAAAUUAGUCUUGUGUAUAAAAUAUCAGCAGAUACGAAGACCAUCCGAGAAUUUUUUGGCAAAUGGAGUUUUGAUUUUGGUUUACGAAAGAAAGAUCAAUGGAUAGACGUCACUGCUUUACGACGAAGAAAUUUGAGACUACAUAAAGUUAAUGUAUGCUUUGUACUAACGGAUGAAGAUAGUAUCAAUCAUUUAACGGAUGGAGUUAACGAUCAUAUAGACACCAUUACAAAAGUGAACUUUCCGACAGCAAAUCAACUUCUCGAUUUUCUUAAUGCCAGUACAAAUUAUAUAUUCGCAAAUACAUGGGGAUACAGAAGUAAUAACACUUGGAAUGGUAUGACUGGGUACUUGGUGAGAGGGGAGGUGGAAAUGGGAGGUUCUCCAAUGUUCUUUACUUCUCAGCGUUUGUCUGUAGUUGAGUACAUUUCAAGCCCGACUCCAACAAGAUCGAAAUUCGUUUUCCAACAACCGAAGCUAUCAUAUGAGAAUAACCUAUUUCUAUUAUCCUUUCAAAAUUAUCUAUGGUACGGUUCCGUAGCUUUAUUGGGGAUUUUAUUUCUGGCUCUCUUUAUUAUUACAGCUUGGGAAUGGAAACAAAGGAAUACAGAACAAUCAAAGGUUGAAUCAAGUGUACUUCGUCCAAAUAUUUUGGAUAUCGCAAUUUUGAUAUUCGCUGCAACAUGUCAACAGGGGAGCCACACCGAGCUUAAAGGUUCAUUGGGUCGCAUUGUCUUACUUCUUCUCUUCGUGUCUCUGACUUUCCUCUACACUUCAUAUUCCGCAAACAUUGUUGCAUUGCUGCAGUCCAGUUCAUCACAAAUAAGGACUUUAGAUGAUUUAUUGCAUUCAAGACUUACACUCGGCGUCCAUGAUACAAUUUUCAACCGAUACUACUUUUCGAUCGAGACAGAACCGAUUCGAAAGGCGAUAUAUCAAACUAAAAUCGCCCCUUCAGGCAGCGAGCCUCGAUUUAUGGCUAUGGAUGAGGGGAUAACGAAAAUGCGAAAGGGUCUAUUCGCCUUUCAUAUGGAAACAGGCGUUGGUUACAAAUUCGUCAGUAAAUAUUUUGGAGAAGGUGAAAAAUGUGGACUUAAAGAAAUACAGUAUUUGCAAGUGAUCGAUCCUUGGUUGGCAGUCAGAAAAGAAACUCCAUUCUUGGAGUUGUUUAAGAUUGGUACAAAACGCCUUCAAGAACACGGCCUGCAGCAAAGAGAAAAUCGGCUCUUGUAUGAAAAGCGGCCUAAGUGCUUGGGCAGGCAAGAAAAUUUCGUGUCAGUGAGCAUGGUGGAUUGUUACCCUGCACUGCUCAUAUUAUCUUAUGGCACAAAUCACUUACGUCUAGCGAAACUAUUAUGGAAAGAAAAUUCGCCAAAACUUAUAAUGUUUAUGAAAAAUGGUGAUGAUAUAGACAACAUAACGCCGAGUAAUGACUUUUUAAUUAUUGGUGACUGGACAUGUCCGUCAUAUAGUACUUUGUUACAAAAGGCUAAUGACACAGAUAAAUUUCGCAACCCACUUAGAUGGUUUCUGAUUGAUACUAAGAAAGGAUUGUUUAAAUUUAAUAUACCUAUUGAUUCCGAUGUUAUGGUAGCGGAGAAGAAAGAAAAUAGCUACAACUUAUACUCUCCUUACAAAAUGCAUAGCAGCAAGACUUAUAGGAUAGAAGUAUUAGGUACAUGGGUACUAUCACAUGGACUGCAGAAACAGAAGGAGAUGAAUAUGCCGGUAUCAAUGCGACGUAGAAAUUUAAAUGGUCUGCCUAUUACAACCUCUCUUGUUAUAAGUGAUAACAACACAAAGACGGAAAUUAUGAGCUUAAGGAACAUAUUUGUGGACACAUUAUCGAAGUCGGGGUAUCGUCAAAUUAUGCCUCUGUAUGACUUCUUGAAUGCUACAAUGGUCCUAAUUUUUACGGACACUUGGGGUUACAUGCUCAAUGGUUCAUAUAACGGGAUGGUCGGUGAUCUGGUGAGGGGUAGAGCGGAACUUGCCGGUACAAUUUUAUUCAUAACGACAUCGCGCCUCGAUGUGCUCGAGUAUCUGAUGUAUCCAUCUCCUCCCACACCAAAAUUCGUAUUUCGCCAGCCACCUUUAUCUUACCAGAACAACCUAUUUAUACUACCCUUCAAGCCAGUUGUUUGGCUCUGUAUUCUUGGACUCGUUAUGCUGUUGAUCGUUAUUCUUCUUAUCACUGCGUACUGGGAACAUGCUAGAUUGAAAAUUGGUGAUACACAAGAUCAAACAUUAUUGCGACCUAACUUAAGUGACACAGUAAUCAUGGUAAUAAGUGCUAUUUCACAACAAGGAAGCACGACGGAACUGAAAGGUACUCUCGGUCGUGUCGUGAUGUUUCUGUUAUUCUUCGCUUUCGUCUUUCUGUACACAUCCUAUUCAGCGAACAUAGUGGCCUUGUUGCAGUCGAACUCGAAUAAGAUCCGGACUUUAGCUGAUUUGCUGAACUCGAAGCUAGAAUUAGGCGCAGAAGAUAUUGUAUACAAUCGAUAUCACUUUGCGUCCGCAACUGACCCCAUAAGGAAAGCCAUCUAUCAGACGAAAAUCGCACCCCAAGGUUCGAAGGAGCCAAACUUUUUCAGCUUAGAGGAAGGCGUUAAAAAGAUGAGAUCGAAACCGUUUGCUUUCAACAUGAACUUGGGAACUGGGUACCGAUUAGUCGAAAAAUAUUUCCAUGAACACGAAAAAUGCGGCCUUCAAGAGAUUGAGUUCAUACAAGAAAACAAACCGUGGCAAACUUGUCGCAAGAAUUCACCGUAUAAGGAGAUAUUCAAAAUUGGGUUAGUAAUCUACAUAGAGAAAGAUAUGCCUCCAACUUUACUUUUACAUCCUCUACGCGUUCAGUUUUAUUGUGCCUCCCAAAGUUCUGGCUUCGAAUACUGA